GAGUCGCGCUGUCAGCGGAGGGAAAUGCAUGACGUUAGAAAUACAAGAAAUAAGUCAGAUUCCGAACGCCGAGCGAGCAAGGCGAUUUUGAUAAAACCCUACUAUACCAUAAACAAAACAAUACACUCUCCCCCUCCCCGAACUCUACGCACCGAAGAACCAGCCAUGAACGCCACCGAGAACACCCCAGCUAAGGCGCACCAGAGAGCCGCUGCAUCAGCAGAGUCACCCGAAGUCGUAGACCUCACGGAUUUCUCCGACGCCGAGGAACCGCAGUCCGCUGCCAAGGCGGACGAGGAAGCCGCCCCGAAGCCAGGAGUAGCCGAAGAACCCCACACCUCCGAUGGGGACAUGUACGCAGAUAUGGAGCUAGACGCCGACGAGGCAGGGGCAGCCGACCACGUGGGUUCCCGAGACAGCCCCCCGCUGUUCUCCCGCCGACCAUCCGGGUUCCGUCGAGAGAACCUGUGGUCGCCGCCGCCGUAUUAACGACGAGCCGCGCCCUGCUCCCCGGAGCCAGGGUCACCGUCAUUCGAAGAGGAGUUCGAAGAUGCCGGUUCUAGCCAGCACAGCUUCCCGGAACCAGAGACGCCAUCAUACGCGCCGAUGUU